AAUAUGUAAAGAGCUUGAAAGGUCAUCCUCAUUUACUUGAUAAAGUAGCACAGUUGUCAAAUGAGAAUGGAAAUAAGGGGUCAGACUUUAUGAAAUCUGGAAAGAAGUAUCUUUACCCAGAACAUCUUUCUCUGACACAUCUGCAAGCUGGAAUAAAAACGGGGAAGUAUGUACAAGGAAAGUUUCAGAGGAGUCGAGAGAAUUAUCUAGAAGGUUUUAUUUUUGUUGAUGACAACGAAUCAAACACGAUUUUGCUACAAGGACGAGAGCAUGUCAAUCGUGCUGUACACGGUGACAUUGUUGGUGUUGAGCUCCUGUCUAAGGACAGAUGGUCCAAUCCAUCAACUGUAGUUCUUCAGGACGAAUCUGUUAAUCCAGAUGAUGAUGAAGAUGAUAAGGAAGAUGAGAUGCUCGUUAAAAAGGACAGAACAAAAACUGAAGCUGUUCCAACUGGCAAAGUUGUUGGGAUUAUUCGAAGAAACUGGAGACAAUACUGUGGAAUUCUUCAAGCUUCUCCUAUUAAAGAGGCAACCCGUCAUCUUUUUCUUCCGUCUGAAAAACGAAUUCCUAAAAUACGAAUUGAGACCAGGCAAGGAGAAUCUCUGAAAAAUAAAAUAAUUGUUGUAGCUAUUGAUGGGUGGUCCAGGGAUUCUAAAUACCCCCACGGUCAUUAUGUCCGCACUCUGGGUGACAUCGGAGACAAGGAGGCUGAGAAUGAGGUAUUGCUGUUAGAACAUGAUAUUCCACAUCAAAAUUUCUCUCAAGCUGUUCUUGCCUGCUUACCCAAGUUACCAUGGAUCAUCACUGAAGAGGAUGAGAAGGUUCGUGUAGACUUGCGACACAUUGCAGUUUGUAGUGUCGAUCCACCAGGUUGCACUGAUAUUGAUGAUGCUCUCCACUGUAGAACGUUACCGAAUGGAAAUUUCGAGGUUGGAGUUCAUAUAGCUGAUGUAUCACACUUUAUUAAGCCAGGGACGGCUAUAGACAAAGAGGCUUCUAACAGAGGGACGACAGUCUAUCUCGUGGAUAAGAGAAUAGACAUGGUUCCAGAUUUACUAAGUUCCAACUUGUGUUCUCUUAGAGAGAAAGAAGAUAGAUUUGCCUUUUCGUGUAUUUGGGAGAUGACACCUCAAGCUGAAAUCGUGAAAACGAAUUUUCAUAAGUCAAUCAUCUGCUCCAGGGCAGCUUUAACAUACAUGGAAGCCCAGAUGAAGAUUGAUGAUUAUUCAAUUCAUGAUGAACUAACUGAAAGUUUGAGGUCUCUCAAUAGCCUCGCAAAAAUCUUGAAGAGGCAAAGAAUAGAAAAUGGGGCUCUCACUCUAGCGUCAUCCGAAGUACGGUUUUUAGUCGAUUCUGAGACUCAUGAUCCAAUUGAUGUGCAGUCAAAAGAACUUAAGGAAACUAAUUCUAUGGUGGAAGAGUUUAUGUUACUGGCCAACAUAUCUGUGGCUCACAAGAUCUUGGAGGAAUUUCCAGAGUGUGCCGUGUUACGAAGACAUCCUGAACCACCACCGGCUAACUUUGAUUCAUUAAUUAAGGCUGCAGAGUUAAAGGGAUUUGACAUAAGCAUUGAAACAGGCAAAGCUCUGGCUGACUCACUAGAUAAAGCUGUUAUUUCAAACAACCUGUACUUCAACAUAAUGUUAAGAAUGGUUGCCACCAGGUGUAUGACCCAAGCUUUGUAUUUCUGUAGUGGCAUGGUAGCUGAGAGUGACUACCCACACUAUGGUCUGGCUGUUCCUCUGUACACCCACUUCACCUCACCCAUCAGGAGAUAUUCAGAUGUUCUUGUCCACCGACUACUUGCAGCUGCUAUUGGAGCUGAUACCACAUAUCCUGAACUUCUGGAUAAGAUAAAGACCCAGACUAUAUGUAACAACUUGAACUACAGACACAAGAUGGGUCAGUAUGCUGGCAGAGCUUCGGUCAACUUGUACACCCACAUGUUUUUCAAAGAUCGUGCAGUAGACGAAGAAGGGUAUAUCUUAUUUGUCCGAGAAAAUGCACUGCAGAUUCUGUUACCCCGAUUUGGUAUGGAAGCCAGUCUUUUUCUUAAACCUUCAAAUGGAUCUCCUGGACCUGUUCCUUUCCAGUUCAAUGAAAAGGAACCUUCACAAACAGGGGCAGGAGUUAAGCUACGACAAUUUGAUCCUGUUAUUGUUCGGGUAUCUAUAGACAGCUCUAAUAUACAACACCAGAAAGUGAAACUGCAAUUAGUAAAACCAGAGAUUCCUGGCUUCAGUGUUUCACCAAAUGACUCUUGUGAAGAGCCAGUUAAAAAGAAGGCCAAGACUUGAGAACUUUUCCGUAGAGAAAAUGUACAUCAACCUUGUAUAAUAAACUGUUUUAUAUAGCUUUA